UAGCAAAAAAAACCCCGAACUCGAACCUCCCCGGCCGCGCUCUCUCGCUGCCAUGGCGAGCCGAAUCCUCAUUUCGAGGCUCCACUCAUAUCUCUCCCUACCAGCGCUGCGUUCUAUCUUUCUAUCAGGCUCCUCCCCGCCUGCUCCUUGCUUCUCGAGCGCUACCCUUUCAUUCCUUAGUCGAUCGGCCGGUCCACCGCCCUUCCCUUCUUGUUUGCCUCCACCGUCACCGCUGAGUACUCAAUCCACCUCUUCCCGGCCGUUUUCUAGCUUUGCUGCUUCGCCUCCGUCACCUGCGACGAGAUUAUUUGUAACUACAUCAAGACCGUCGCCGAGGUCCUCGGGAGAUUUUCUGCCAUCUAGCUAUAGGACAUCGAAGCAUUACUACACCUUUACUCGGCAAGUGCUUCACCUAAGGGACAGUUCCAUAUAUGCUACUGAUCAGAAAAGAUGGGCUACUCGAGUUGCACAUCUAAAAUCUGAAUAUGAUCAAGGCAAGAUCAGCAUCGGACCUCCAAGAGGAGAGUCUGAGAAAGAUAGUAAAGAUAAGGGGGUAACCUAUGUGGGACCUAUCACUUCGACCAUUAAAAAAGUAAAGCUUUUAUCUCUCUCAACCUGCUGCCUGUCAGUGUCUCUUGGACCUGUCAUAACAUUCAUGACUUCACCUGGGAUGAAUGUCAUCCUCAAAGGAGGUGUCGCAAUGACUGUGAUUUUCCUCAGUGCUUCUACUACUGCAGCUUUGCACUGGUUUGUAAGCCCAUAUAUCCACAAGCUACGAUGGGAACCUGGUUCGGAUAGCUUUGAUGUUGAGAUGAUGUCUUGGUUGGCUACACCCUUACCGAAAACAAUCAAGUUUUCGGACAUUAGGCCCCCGGAAACCAAUAGACCAUUUGUGACCUUCAAGGCGGAUGACAAUUUCUACUUCGUUGAUGUCGAGCACUGCCACAAUAAAGCAUUACUGGCGAGGUUGACGCCCCAGAAAACAGCCCAUGGAUCAGCUUUCAAGAACUUGUGACAGGAGUCUUUAUCAUUUUUGGUGGCAUAUUUUUCAUUUUCAUCAUUGACUUCUGCAGCAUAAAUGGCCUUCAGUUCAUUGUUAAAAGCCUGAGAGAUCGUUCGGUAGUACAAUCUAAGUGCUAGACCUUGUUCUGACUAUGUUCCCUGUUUUUCACUUGUGUUUCUAAUAAUUUGUAUGCCUGGAUGCUGUGAGAUCCUGGGUAGUUGUUUGCUAAGGGACAACCAUGCUUAGGGUCGAAUACUUGGGAGACAUUAAUAUGCCAAAUGUUGUCACGAUUUGCCUGGAACAAGUUCUUGUUUCUUUUACCUUUUUAUUUUAAUAUAUAAAUGAUCUGGAUGCAAUUUGAUA